AGGAAGGCAACAAUGGAUGGCAGAACAUCUCUGAGAACAAGGAUGAGAUGGGACUCAAGGAAGUGGUUGAAGAGAUCUCUGUGGACCUGUCUGGGUCCCUGUGGACUAUAUCAGUAAGGUUGUGGAAUCACCCUCAUGAUAAUGGAGAAAUCACAAGUAUCUGACACCCCCAGAGCAGGCCUGGAGAAGAGCAAGAGAUAUAUCCUAAGACACACCAAGAGGGCAUGGACACCUCUGGAUGGGCAUCUGCUUCCUGACCCUGAGGAAGAAGAACCAAUGGUCACUAUGUAUGUGCAAGAUAAUUCCAAACAGGAAAGUAUCCAGCAGUGGCUGGACUCUGGAUUCUUUGUCUCUGUAAAUGAAAACUUCCAGCAAGCCAUCAACCAUUCUGCUUCUUUGCAUGAACAAGGAAUUGUUCAAAUGACCGUGAAAGACUACAUGAGAUCUCUGCAUCAGUUCUCAGAGACUCCUACACUGUCCAGAGGGACUAGUUUCAACUCUUGCUAUUCCACCACAGGUGUACCUCAAAGCAUUCCUGAAUGGCUGGAAUUUUGGGAAAAAGAUCCAGUGGAGAUUCUCUUGGACUUGGGGUUUGGUGCUGAUGAGCCAGAUAUCUGCACACAAAUCCCAGCCCGGUUCCUUGGUUAUAGCUCAGCAGCCAGAGGAAUUAACAUCCAUGUUUUUCUUGAAGCACAGAAGCAGCGGAUGGACUUUGAGAACCCCGACUUGUAUGGUCGGUUCCAGCAGUUGGAAAUCCUGGAUCAUGUGACCAAUGCCUUCUCAUCCUUGCUUAAUGGUGUUAAUAACCUACAGAGCCAGGAUGAAGAAAAAGCUGAAAGACAGGGUAUGCAAAAUCCCUCAUCAUGUGGAGCUAAAGAACAUAAAACAAAAAUGAGCCAACUUUUAAGAAGAGCUUCAAGACAGACCAGCAGGGUGGAUGGUAACCCAGCACCGUCAGAAUCAUUCAAAAUAGAACAUGAGAUUUCAACUUUGCCAACCAAGCCAUGGGAUCCUAGAGUAGAGCUACAGGUGGCUUCUGUUAGCCAUGAUGGAAGUCAAAUGCUCCCUUCAACAGAGCAUGGUUCUGCCCAAGCUUGUGAUGACCUGUCACCUUGUCCUCCUCCACAAGCUCUUCUGGACAAGCAGUGGUCUUGCUCAUGCCCACUGGCCAAGCAGUCUCCUCAUACCUGUAUGUCUGAGGGGUCAGUUAGGAGAAGAACUUGGAAGGAGAAAUGGAUUCAUAUUGACAAACUCAAGAACUUGUCACACAUUGUGAAUAAAGGACCAGAUUCUUUUGAAAUGGAAGAGGUCCAGAGCUUUGAAGAAGACACUGGCAACCCUCUUAACCCGACAUCAGGAACUGUAGGCACCAGAGUGGACAGGACAAACAGCUGUCAGUCUGAUAGCAGUGGGUUUUUGGAAGAGCUGCCAGAGCUCCAGCCCCUCCAGGUGUCUUCCUUGACAGGCAGCCAGAGUCCCACUGUCUGUAGAGGUUACAAACCAAGGGAUCAGAGCCAUAGUCCAGCAUCCUGGCAAGAGUCAUAUGGCUUUAAAUCCAAGAGCAUGACAAGCUCAUCUUUGUUAAGCCAAGAGAGGAGUACCUUCGAAGAGAAGGUCUCAACAUCUGUGGUGGAGGAAGAGCUUCAACUCAAGGACAUGGAAGGGCCGUCAGAAAUAGUCAACCCAGAUAUGACCCUCACCAGGACCAUCAUGGUGGGAGAAAACCCAGAGAGUGUUGCUGGAACUGUGGUCACUUCUACUUCUACAUGUAAUAACACAAUGGGGGUCGUGGUGACUCAUGUCACAGAAACGGAAGAUAAGUCUCUAGGCCAUAAGGGUACUAGAAAAAUGCUGAUACAAAGGCACCACUUUGAGGCACCAAGGUCAUCCAGGACUGAUCAGACUCCAGACAAUUUCUAUCAUGUGGACUCUGAGAACCCCAGAAUAGAGGACAACAGCAAGGUCUGCCCUGACACCAAGCAAAGCUCACAGGGGCAAGAGAGGCCAGCACAGCAAGCUCAUCAGCACAGAGGAGCCAUGCCCUACAGAGGUGACCUUGUUCAAACCUCUGAAAAGUCAAUUCCCCACCUUGAUAAGCCACCUGGAGAUGUUCCGACUGACUCAAAUGCUGCCAGCUCUUGGUCUGUGACAACCCAGAUGUCCUCCAAUCUGGUGUCAGCUGCUCAGAGGGUUGCAGACCUGGGGACCUAUAAUAAAGGAACAGCUUUUGAAUGCACUCCAUGUGACCCUCUUAAUACCACAGACCUAAGACUGCAGACGGAAACAAGGCAGGUCAAGGAUGUUGCUGUUCAGACGUAUGCAUAUGACGUAUGCAAGCUCAGGCCCUCACAUAACGACUUAAUUCAUGGACCCCUGCCCCUCACCAAAUCCAUCUCUUUGGAUACAGGUUUUCCUAGUGCCUCUCCAACAGGCAUCUGCCACACCACACCUGACCACUGCUGUGUCUGCUGUCAUCACUGCCCCAACUACCAGUGGAGGAGGCAAAGCCCUGGCCCAGAACCCUCUAUUUGCAGGCAUUUCCUAUAUUCACAUGCAGAGGAUGCUAAAGCCCGGUUCAUGAAGACACUGAAAAUACUCCAAGACACUACUGUGAGGGACCUGUGUUCUUGCACAGUCUAUGAAAUGGAAACCAUGAAGAUGGUGUGCCAGAGUUUCCGGGAGCACUUAGAGGAAAUCGAGCAGCACUUCAUGGGACAGCAGGCACUCUUUCCUACGGACAUGUCAGAAGAGGAAAGAGAAGAGGCUGAGCACCUGAAGACUUUAAGAGAGGCCCUGAGGCAGCAAGUGUCAGAGCUGGCCUUUCAGUUAGGAGACAGAGCCAGGCAAAUCAAAGAAGGGGUCCUACUGCAGCUAGACCUUCUGUGUGAAGAGCUACCUGAACACUGUGCCAAUCUGCCACAAUGCAACUGGACAGAAGGAAGGCAUGGACAGAGAUCAUGUGUUCAAACACACACUGUGGCUGAUCCUGCCCUUCCUGCCAGCAGUAGCCAGCGGACUCCCUGCUCUGGGGUGACUCAGCUGGUUGCUCUUAGUCUCUCUGACCUUGAGACCAGAGGAGAGAUGUCUCUACAGUUACCAGCUAUGGCAGAAUCAGGUCUGGGCCCUUCACUCAGUCAUGUUGGAGAGAAGUCUCUGGUAGACCAUAGUAAGUUUGAUGAUCUUUGUAUAAAGUGGAAUGGCCAAGAGCAGCUUUAA